UUCGGGCGGUGCUGCCCGACCUCGGCCCUGAACGCGAGAUGCUGACUAUCGGCAGACCAGAAUGUUUAGAAUGAGGAAGACAAGCGGGUCGCUGCAAAUGAACCCUUAAGUCCCGUAUCCAUGACGUUCGCAGUUUCGCUGGAGACCCUGGUAUGCAGGACAGCGAAAUUUCUGCGGGCUAACCCGGUCCGUCCUCGCCGGUACCAGACCUCCACGGUCCCAGAGCCUCCAGCGUUUCCUCUGGACGCCCGGGCCGGAUAUGAUGUCUCCGUAGAGGAAGAAGGAAGAGGCGGAGCGGGGAGCGGUGACGUCCUUCCAAGAUGGCGGAGAGAGCGUGAAGAAACUGUUGCCCCUUGAUUUGCUCUAGAACAAGGGUAAAAUUCCAUUCUGAUAUCAAAAUGCAGUAUUCACACCACUGUGAGCACCUUUUAGAGAGACUGAACAAACAGCGGGAAGCAGGUUUUCUUUGUGACUGCACCGUAGUGAUUGGGGAAUUCCAGUUUAAAGCUCAUAGAAAUGUCCUUGCCUCAUUUAGUGAGUAUUUUGGUGCGAUCUACAGAAGCACUUCUGAGAACAAUGUCUUCCUUGAUCAGAGUCAAGUGAAGGCUGAUGGAUUUCAGAAACUGUUGGAGUUUAUAUACACAGGAACUUUAAAUCUUGACAGUUGGAAUGUUAAAGAAAUUCAUCAGGCUGCUGACUAUCUCAAAGUGGAAGAGGUGGUCACUAAAUGUAAAAUAAAGAUGGAAGAUUUUGCUUUUAUUGCUAAUCCCUCUUCUACAGAGAUAUCUAGUAUUACUGGAAACAUUGAAUUGAAUCAACAGACUUGUCUCCUUACUCUACGGGAUUAUAACAGUCGGGAAAAAUCAGAAGCGUCUACAGAUUUAGUUCAGGCAAAUCCUAAACAAGGGGCUUUAGCAAAGAAGUCAUCUCAAACGAAAAAGAAGAAGAAGGCCUUCAACUCCCAGAAAACAGGACAGAAUAAAACAGUGCAAUAUCCCAGUGACAUUUUAGAGAAUGCAUCGGUUGAAUUAUUCUUAGAUGCAAAUAAAUUGUCCAGUCCUGUAAUAGAACAAGUUGCACAAAGAAAUGAUAAUUCAGAACUCGAGUUGACAUCAGUUGUGGAAAAUACUUUUCCAGCACAAGAUAUUGUGCAAACUGUUACAGUGAAACGGAAACGUGGAAAAUCACAGCCAAACUGUGCUCUGAAAGAACAUUCUAUGUCUAAUAUAGCCAGUGUCAAGAAUUCUUAUGAGCUGGAGAGCUCUGGGGAAGAGCUGGAUCAGAGGUAUUCCAAGGCCAAGCCAAUGUGUAACACAUGUGGGAAAGUGUUUUCAGAAGCCAGCAGCUUGAGAAGGCACAUGAGAAUACAUAAAGGAGUUAAACCUUAUGUCUGCCACUUGUGUGGAAAGGCAUUUACGCAAUGUAACCAGCUGAAAACGCAUGUAAGAACUCAUACAGGUGAGAAGCCAUACAAAUGUGAAUUAUGUGAUAAAGGAUUUGCUCAGAAAUGCCAGCUAGUCUUCCAUAGUCGUAUGCAUCAUGGUGAGGAAAAACCCUAUAAAUGUGAUGUAUGCAAUUUACAAUUUGCAACUUCUAGCAAUCUCAAGAUUCAUGCAAGGAAGCAUAGUGGAGAGAAGCCAUAUGUCUGUGAUAGGUGUGGACAGAGAUUUGCUCAAGCCAGCACAUUGACCUAUCAUGUUCGUAGGCAUACUGGAGAAAAGCCGUAUGUGUGUGAUACUUGUGGGAAGGCAUUUGCUGUCUCUAGUUCUCUUAUCACUCAUUCUCGAAAACAUACAGGUGAAAAACCAUACAUAUGUGGUAUUUGUGGGAAAAGUUUUAUUUCCUCAGGAGAGCUCAACAAACACUUUCGAUCCCAUACAGGAGAAAGGCCAUUUAUCUGCGAAUUAUGUGGAAAUUCUUACACAGAUAUUAAAAAUUUAAAGAAGCACAAAACAAAAGUCCAUUCCGGUGCAGAUAAACUUCUAGAUUCUAGUAUAGAGGAUCAUCCGUUGAAUGAACAAGAUUCUAUACAAAAAAGUCCUUUAUCAGAAACACUGGAUGUGAAGCCUUCUGAUAUGACUUUACCACUAUCUCUUCCUCUUGGAACUGAGGACCACCACAUCCUUCUGCCUGUCACAGAUAACCAGUCGCCUACAUCAGAUACGUUGUUGAGAUCAACUGUGAAUGGGUAUUCAGAACCACAGUUGAUUUUUUUACAGCAAUUAUACUGACUUUGUGAGGAAUAUGGAAUUGCUAAGACGUCUUUGGUAGUAAACAUAAACAUCUCUGGUAAGGUGCAUAUAUUCAUAUUAAAUUAGCAUUCAUUUGAGUUGUGACCAUUAUUUUCCAUUCAGCUGAAGUAAACACCUGAUGCUGCAUCAUAACUGCAAUGCUUGUUUUUAUUUUUGGCUUCUAUGCCUAGAUUAUAAACAUGACACGUUAAGGAGUGAGUUAUACUAACGUAGCACUAUUUUGAAUGGAUGAGUUUUUUCUCUUAGAGCUGCCUUAAUUCAUUUUUAUUUUGCAUUUUAAAUUGCUUUUCAUUUAUUUAAGUGGAAUCUUUCCAUUUAUAUGAGUCAGUUUUGACCUGCGGGAUUUUUUAGUUUUUUCCCCUCAAAAUUUAAGCAAAAUCUAUGAUAGUAUCAGGCCAAUAGUGUUGCUGUACCAAGUCCCAUAGACCAGUACAUAAACUAUGUGGGGAAAGUGAAUUUUCAUUCUUCUACUUAAGAGAAUUUAGGUACUGAAUAAGAAUUGUGCUGUUUCUCUAUUAAUAUAUUCCAUUGGAGGUAACUUUUCUAAUGACACAAAAAGAAGUGUUUUUCUUAAAAGCUAGAAAACUGUAUAUACAUUUUUGUUCAUUUAGGCCUCAGAAUUCUGGAGAAAAGCAGUGAUCAGUACUUUUGAGUUAUCCAAGACUACAUUUAUUUGCAAAAUGAGUUUUAAAUAGAUCAUAUGGUAUUUUUAUCUUAAUAAAGAAGCUUCAAAAUUUGAUUCAGGUUAUGUUUUAAUAGGUUUCUAGAUGACUGGAGAUGAGGAAAAUAUGAAUUUUGAAGAUUUUUGAUAAGCCUUGCUACACCUGUUAUGCACUUUUUAAAAUACUAAGUUCCAAAAAGAAUUUUUUAAACGUAAACCUAAUGUGAACGCUAAAUCACUUGGCUUCUCAAUUGACACAUUGUAAUUAUAUAAAGAAUUAAGAAAUUAGCUUCAUUUAUCAGUGAACAUUUGACUUA